UGUCAUUUUUCUGCUUGGCCAAUCCAAACAUAUGUCGUGGCCCAAACUUAAGCCCUAAAUUUGCUUCUAGAUCGUAAAACAAAGAUGUUAAGCAUUUGUCGUAAACAUUCAACAUCUUCCUAAAAGAGUUGAGAAGAAUUUUGUAUCCCUUGACAUUUGUCAUUGAUGUAGUGUUACUGACAAUAAGCUACAAAGACAGAAACCACAAACCAGACAAGACGCAAUGAGCCGUUCCACAAGAAGACGUCAAGAAACAUCUAGGACUAGUACAGCAGCUAAUGGGGAUGUUGAAGAGCAACACAACAUUAUGCCUUCAGGACCAAAUGCUGAAAUCCCCAGUGACAUACGAGGCGACCGUUGCAAUAUUGCAAUCCUUUUUUUCUUGUACCUUUUGCAAGGCAUUCCAAUGGGCUUAGCUGCUGCAAUUCCUAUGCUAAUGCAAUCUCAUGGUGUUAGCUACAAACAGCAGGCUGAGUUCAGUUUAGUGAAUUGGCCUUUCAGCUUAAAACUUUUGUGGGCCCCUAUUGUUGAUUCCAUCUACUCAAACCGUUUUGGCAGAAGAAAGUCAUGGCUUAUUCCUGCCCAAUUUCUUAUUGGCUUCUUUAUGAUUUUCCUAGGGGCAAAUGUUGACUCAUGGCUUGGAGAUGGUGCAGAAGAAAAGGCAGAGCCAUGUGUUGGUUUCCUUACUUUAAUGUUUUUCAUCCUUAACUUCUUGGCUGCUACCCAGGAUAUUGCUGUGGAUGGCUGGGCCCUUACAAUGCUUAAGAGACGGAAUGUUGCCUAUGCUUCAACAUGUAACAGUGUUGGACAAUCAGCUGGCUAUUUCUUUGGCUAUGUUGUUUUCAUGGCUCUUCACUCACCAGAUGUCUCUAACAAGUACUUGCGUUCUGUUCCUCAACCAAAUGGUCUUGUCACUAUAUCAAGUUUUUUAAACAUGUGGGGAUGGGUAUUCCUCACAGCUACUGUGCUAGUAGCCAUUUUGAAGAGAGAACAAGUUGUUCAUAACCCUGAGCAUGAACCAGAGCCAAGUCUUGGUUUCUAUCGUGCCUAUGGUUUACUUUGGGAUAUCAGCAAACUUCCCUCCAUCAGAGUACUAGCAUUCAUCCUUUUGACAGCUAAGAUUGGAUUCAGUGCUUGUGAUGCUGUGACUGGUUUAAAACUGGUAGAUGCUGGCGUCCCUAAGGAACAUUUAGCAUUUUUAGCUGUCUUACUGGUUCCUUUACAGAUCAUGCUUCCUAUUGCUAUUUGUAAAUACACCACAGGAUCACGCCCAUUAGAUGUUUAUAUAGCUGCAGUACCUUAUAGGCUCUUUUUUAAUGUGGUGGCAGGAGCAAUUGUGUAUUUCACACCAAGCUUUAUUAAUGAUAAUGGAGAUGUACCUCUCUAUUACUACAUAGGUUUGCUCCUGUUUUAUACAUGCCAUCAAAUUACCCUCUAUAUGAUGUUUGUUGCUAUCAUGUCAUUCUUUGUAAGAAUUAGUGAUCCCGCUGUUGGUGGGACUUACAUGACUCUCUUAAAUACUUUGGCAAACAUGGGAACCACAUGGCCCUCUACGUUGUCACUCUACAUUGUUGAUUCAUUAACAUUCCGAGGCUGUUCCUCUUCUUUGUUAUCAAAUAAUGGUUGUUCUUUGCCGAAUGAAGUUAAGGCUUGUGAAGCUGCUGGUGGACAUUGUACAGUUCAAUUGGAUGGUUACUAUGUGGAAAUGGCAUUGUGUACAGUGCUUGGCCUUAUGUGGCUUUGGUGGGCCAGGCCUAGAAUUCAAGGUCUUCAAGCUAAAGAAGUCAGAGAGUGGAAGGUCCAAAGGCAAAGAAUUCGGUAGCAAAUCGUGUGAAGUAGCUUCCCAACACCAUAAUGAUAUGAGACAUUCACCCUAUAUUAUAUUUCUAUUCUGACCAUCAUAUAUUUAUUCGCUGUGAUAACUGUGCAGUUGAAAUCCUUCCGUUUUAUGCAAUUGUUACUGAGACACAAAAAUCAGGAUCAUAUUAGGUAUAAUUUAUUUUAUAGGGUGAUUUUGAGGAAAGUGAAACAGUUAUUGUUGAUGGAUUUAGUCUUGUCUUGACGAAUCUAAAACUAAAAGGUAACUUACUUUUCCUGCUGUUGAGGUACCAACUAUAUGGCGUAAGCAUUGAUUCCACAAAACUAAAUCCAUCUCCAGUGGGUGUCAACCCAUUUUUGGGGUGUUUUGUUUGAUGUUACAUGUUAGAGUCUAAAUGGUAAAUAUUGAUCUCUGAUCUUUUUCCAUAAUGCUGUCUCAGGUACACCUGAGAGGUCGGUUUUAAUUUUUAUCUCAAUUAAAGACAAGCAGAGUUAAAACUGAAGAUAUCCAUGUUAAAACCUCUUUAGAAAAUAUUUAUUUGUUUUGUUUAAUGCCUGAGUCAGCACUGAUGAGUUAAAUCAUUAGGCGGAGGUUGUGAUUUUCAAUUUUUUUGUGGACCUCAGGGUUUUCUUUUCUUUUUUUAAGAAAAACAGUGAGAGUAUAUCUGUUAAUUAGGUAUUAUCAGUAAAAUAAACAAUUCAGUUGUUUGCUACUUAACAAGAAAAAGUGGUAUGACAUAUGUGAACUGAAUUUCUUCGGCGUGAUUUUUCAUUCACAUCAUUUCUCUGAAGAGUAUGAGUGUCCUGCUGCUGUUGUAUUUUAUUGACGUGAGUAUUAAUCACCUUUCAUUAUAUUUCAAACAAAUACUGUGCACUGUGCAGUAUUGGUAUUGUCUUCAAUAUAUUCUGUAACUUCGUUUUUACCGUAAGUGCAAAGAGCAUUGACCAAUAGAUUACUGUAGUUGGACAUGUAAGACUAUAAUGCUUUGCACUGAGUUACUAAAUUGCUUUUGUUAAUAUGAUAACAGUUGCAUUCUGUGAUACUUGCUUGUGUGGUGUGAGAUUUGUUUUGUCAGUAGUGUGCUGUGCGAAGAUAAAUCUAUAUUUCUUUAUUUUAAAA